AUGACAAAAACGAGCUGGCAAGUUAGUAAACACUCUAGCUAUCUUAAUUUUUUAACGUUGUUAAAAUAUGAUUCUCCUAAUCACUUUGAACCAUCAAAUCUGUCAGACGUCGGCAAUGGCUACGGUCUCUGGAUAAUUAUCUAUCUAUCGUAUAAGUUAUUUCCGUCAAGAAUGCUUCGUAGCGGCUUACUUUAUCUUGUCAAUGUUUUUAUGUGUCUUCCUGUUUUUAUGUGUCUUCCUGGUGAAACGGACCCAUGGUUGCUUCUGCGACCACCAUCCAAUCCGUUAUGGCGACUUUGGUUG